ACUCACCUAGAGCUAGCGAUCAGCACGUACGCUCUUAUCUACAAAGCACCACAUGAGCAGCACGGAGUAGAAUUAAGCACCCAUUUUGCAACCCCGCGCCCUUCUUAAUCUUGACAUCGCUACUCUAUCCCCUGGUCAAGGCGGCGGUGCUCGACGCCUUCGCGUCCAAGCUGGCGGCCGGAAAUCCUGGCGGGCAUGGUGAAGGAGGAGGUGUAGAUGCUCCUGGGAGUGCCGGGAGAGAUCACCAAGCUCGAGACGACGUUCGGCGACCUGAGCAGCAUCUUGGCAGAUGCCGAGAGGAGGCGCAUCCGUGACUCGGCUGUGGAGCGGUGGGUGAGGGAGCUCAAGAAUGUCAUGUACGACGCUGAUGAUAUCCUUGAUCUCUGCCAGAUCAUGGAGGCCGGAGAAGAUCCCUUGUCAGCAGCUGCUGCUCCAAAAACCACUUCAGGGUGCUGGGACAUUCCGAAGAUGUUCUUCUGCUUCCGCAACCCCGUCGUUGCACAUGAGAUAGGGAGGAAGAUACAGGCAGUCAACCAGCGGUUAGUGGACCUUGAGAAGAGGAGCUCUCGCUUUGGAUUCAUUACCCAAGCCAUCAAUUUAUCAGGUCAUUAUGCCAACAAAGCCAACGAUCCUUCCUCUAACGGCAACCGCAACACUGGGCCGGCUUUCAUUCAGUCCGACAUUGUUGGAGAGAAAGUGGAGGAAAGUAAGAGGAAGCUCAUCGACCUACUUAUCAAGAAGGUGGGCCCUCAUCAGGGAUCAAGUGGAAGCAAUAAUAAUGUAGCUGUUGCUGCGGCUAUCACCGGUGCUGGUGGGAUUGGUAAGACCACUCUUGCCAGGAUGGCUUUCAACGAUGCCAUGUUGGUGGAAAGUUUCGACAAGACGGUUUGGUUGAGUAUCAAUAAGGAGGUCAACGAGAUUGCUUUGCUUCGUAGAGCUAUAGCUGCUUUUGGGGUGGAUUAUGGAGGCCUUGCAGAAGACAAGGCUAUGCUGGAGCAUGCAUUGAAGCAAGUAGUCCGGCAAAAGAAAUUUUUGUUGGUGAUGGAUGAUGUGUGGAGCGAUAAGGUGUGGAACGAGCUGCUUAGAGUAGCGCUCAAUGAUGGUGCUUCUGGCAGUCAAAGUUUUGGUGACCACAAGAAAUAAUGGAGUUGCCCGCAUGAUGAAAGCACAGUAUCUCCACCGGGUUGACAAGCUAGAAACACAAGAUGCUUGGGCUUUGCU